GAGGUCACUAAUGCGCCCAAAAUCAAAUAACGAAUCGCGGUAAAGUUUAGAAUUGUGGAAGUUCGCCGAUGUCGAGGAUCGUAGCUGUUAAAGAUGGUUUGCUUUCGUUUCUCCCUUGUUCGCAGUGAUUUUCUAAAUCUAAUACCAUUUUAUGUAGCACUUGCGACUCUUUUCGCUCAACCGUGGCUAUCGUAUUGUUAUUACAACAGGAACUCGAACUCCAACGUGUCGAAGCCGGUAUUUUCCACGCCUGAAGAAUGUGCACGAACAUGCGUCGAUGGCGAACCACCUAAAUAUUGUUACUACCACUUUCAUAUUGAAUUCUACACAGUAUAUGGACCUGCCUGUGACAAACAAGCACAAAUGGAUCAAUGUGUCCUCGCUGACAUGGUUGAAAGAACAUUCACAUCCAUUAAUCGUCAAUUACCAGGACCUAUAAUUGAGGUGUGUAAGGGUGAUUACAUUAUAGUCGACGUGGAGAAUGCUACUCCAGGUACCGAAAUUACGAUACAUUGGCAUGGACUCUUUCAAAAUGGUUAUCAAUAUUACGAUGGCGUACCUUAUGUCACACAAUGUCCAAUUCCAUCUUCAUCGACAUUUAGGUAUCAAUUCCAAUUACAAAACGCUGGAACGCAUUUCUACCAUUCCCACAUAUCGACGUUUAUGUCAGACGGCCAAUACGGAGCUUUGAUCGGUAAAGAUCCAAAGGACCCUCACCGGAGAUUAUACGAUGUGGACAAAUACAUAGUACUUUUAAGCGAUUGGUUCCAUUCAUUAUCGCUCGAACGGUAUCCUGGUUUUUACAGACAUGAUCUAGGACAAGAUGCACAAAACAUACUUAUAAACGGCAGGGGAAAGUGGACGGAUCCGGUUACCAAACAAACCAACAAGGCACCCUUGACGGUGUUCGAAGUUGAGCAAGGGAAACGAUACAGGUUUCGCAUAAUUAAUUCGUUUAGCACGGUGUGUUUAGCGGAAUACAGAAUCGAGAACCAUAAUUGUACGGUAAUCGCUCAGGAUGGUGCGAACGUCAAACCUACAGUAGUGGACGCAGCAAUUACAUCAGCAGGUGAACGACUGGAUUGCGUAAUACACGCGGAUCAGAAGCCGAGAUCUUACUGGAUACAAGUACGCGGUCUCGGGGAAUGCGCGGAGAAAAAGGUUCAGCAAUUCGCCAUUUUAAAAUACAAGGGUGCCCUUGAAACUCCACCGACGCCUCAACCCUCGUUCGACAACCCGCCAAAAGGUAUUAUGUAUAAUCCGUUGGACGGAUCCAAUUGCGGUACACGUGACACGAGCAAUUCAGUAUGCGUCAAUCAAUUGGAAAGCUUGGAAGACGAAUCUGAAAUCUUACAAUACGAGCCAGAUGAAUUUUACAUAUUGGACUUUUGGUUUUACAAUUACACUGACUACGGCGACAGAAAUUUAUUUCAAAAAAAAGAUUCAUACCCCACCUAUUUCAGUGCAAACGAUCGUUCUCAGCUUACUUCAAUGUUCAACGAUGUUACAUAUUUAUCGUCAUCUUCGCCUCUAAUUUCGGACAGAAGAAGUUAUGAAACUAUAUGCAAGCCCAACCAAUUGAGCAAUUGUGUCGAACCUUGUGUGUGCACUCAAGUUAUUCAUACACAACUUGGAAACGUCGUUGAAUUGUUAAUAUACGACCGAAUACCACAGGCGGACCUCCAUCAUCCGUUCCACAUACAUGGUUAUGAAUUUAAAGUUCUUUACAUUGGACAGUUUACGGAUGGUAGAAACAUAUCACAAACAGAUGUAGAUAACGUAAUAAUGGAACAUCAACAACGUCUUAAACAGGGAGUGUACAAAAAUCCGCCUGGUAAAGACACUGUUAAAAUUCCAGUGGGCGGAUACGCAUUUCUACGUUUCAAAGCUGAUAACCCAGGAUGGUGGUUACUUCAUUGCCACUUCACCUGGCAUCAUGUCACAGGAAUGGAAUUGGUUAUCCACGUAGGAGACAGGAGAGAUUUACCGAGAGUACCAAGUGAUUUUCCGGAAUGUAGCAAUUGGAAACCACCAUUUCAAAGUUUGAACGACUUUUAUGGUGAUAGACAUCGGCAAUGUUAGUACUUCGUCGAUGUCAUACUAAAUGAAAUGUAUACCAUGAAACUAUAAAUAUGUACAUAUAAUGUGUGUUAAAAAAAUAUAUCAUGUUUUUAAAGCA